GCCGGCGGCGGCGGCGCGCGCGAGAAGAUGGCGGCGCGAGGCGGGCGGCGGGCGCGGCUGCUGCUGCUCCUUUUCUGGCUCUGGCUCCUCUUGCUGGCGGCGCCCGGGGCCUGGUCGGCGCGGGGCCGCGGGGCCGACAAGCAGAACAGCCUCCGGAGGGCCGCCAGCGGCGUCUACCAGGGCGUGAGCGGCCUCUUCGGCGAGGAGAACGUGCGCGCCCUGCAGAAGUUUUUCUCCAAACUGACCGAGCGAUUUGUAUAUGGUGUGGAUGUUCUAGUAGAUACAUUUUGGAGAAUAUGGACUGAUCUUCUGGAUGUCCUUGGGAUUGGUGGUUCCAACUUGACCCAUUAUUUCAGCCCUGGGUCCCUCGCCAACAACCCCACCCGUGCUCUUUUGCUGAUUGGUGCCAUCUUGCUGGCUUAUUGGUUUGUCUCUCUCCUCCUUGGGUUCUUCUUCUAUCUCUUACAUGUGCUGUGUGGCCGCUUCUUCUGGAUCGUGAGGGUUGCCCUCUUUGCACUUUCUUGUGUGUACAUCCUUCAGAAAUAUGAAGGUGAGCCAGAACAUGCUGUCCUUCCACUGUGCUUUGUAGUUGCUGUCUAUUUCAUGACCGGACCUGUUGGCUUCUAUUGGAGGAGGAACAGCCACAGCACCCUUGAGGAGAAGAUUGACCAUCUUGACAGCCAGAUCCGACUCCUGAACAUACGUCUUUCUAGGGUGAUCGAAAACAUGGAUCGAGGAGGUGACCAAUGAAACAUGGUUUAUCUCACUUUCAACACCAGCUCUCUAGGAAAUCACCAAGCACUGUCUCUAGUUCAUGAAAAGUUAGCGAAGCAACAAGCCAACAUGGAUAAAACAAUGUGCAACAUUAAGCCGUUAAAUGUUAACAUUAGUUUAUCUAGACAAUAUACUGAAAGAAAAAAAUGCACUUGUAAGAUAAGAUUCUUUAGCUGUAUAUUCAGAGAUUUUCCUCCAUGAGUAGAAUUUUAUCCGCUUACUUUUUUCCAAGCAUUUAGAACAUAUUUUGUAAAAGGUUUUUAUAAAGGCAUAUUGAGUAGUCUAUUUAAAAUUAAUUAAAAAUUAAAAUGAGGUUUAUGCAGAUUUGACAUUUUGAAGAGAGAAAGCUUAAAGAAUUCUAUCAAAAGCUUUCGUUAUGAAAAAUGUGGGGGUCAGCUUCUCAUUUUUAUAAUUUAAUCCCCCCCCCCCGCUCUCACCAAUGACUUACUUUCAUUACCUCAAGUUGCCUUUUUAUAUGAUUGCAGUGGAAGGAAUUUCUUCUAAUUAGAAUAGAAGAUCACACACCAUGGGUCUUAGUGGCAAGGGAGGAGGGCAUCUGUGGGACACAAAGUGCUCUUUAAAGAAGAACUUGUGGGUUUUUCUGUGUUUUUCCCUUAGCUGGCCAAAUUGAAGCAGGGAUUGGGAACCUGUGGUCUUCCAGACUUUGGUGGGCCGUUGACCAUGAUAGUUGAGUCUGGUAGAUAUUAGAGUCCAGUAACAUCAGCAGGGCCACAGGUUCCCUAUCCCUGCUGUAAGAGUUUCUCCCAUGGACUUAGCAGAGAGAGCAGUUCACGCAGAAGGCUGCAUUCUUGCUCCUUUGUAGUGAAUGCAGUGAAUCCACUCAUGCAGGAUCUCCAUUAGCAAUGUGUAAAGGUGCACACCUCCAGAACCUCUUGCAAAAGCCCUCUUGCCACAGAUACAAUGGGAAUUAAAAGCAUUCCUAAUACUCCUACCCAGUGGUUUUUUUGAGGUGGUAUGUGCUGGUACAGCAUACCACAAUCUCUGUUUCCCAGCCACCAUCUUGCCACUGCUGCCGCUAGCCCACCCCCACCCCCGCUUGUUUGCUCGCUCGUUCUCCGCACCUGCCUGGCUUUGGGAAGGAGGGAGCAGGACACCAGGAUCCUGACAGAGCCUUGUGACUUGUGCCUCAUUCCCAAGCUGGGCAAGCACUUCCUGGGCUUGGGGAAUGAGACACGUGGUUCUGUCAGCAUCCUGGUGCCCUACUAUCUUCUUCCAAAAGCCAGAAGGACGGGCUUUAAAAAGGAAACUGGAGGGCCUUUGGACCCUGUCAGAGCCUCCUGCCUCUGUCCCAAAGCCAGACAAGUGCUUCCUGAGCUUGGGGGAAUGAGGCACAAGGUUCUGCCAGGAUCCUGGAGCCCUGCUGCUUCCUUCCCUUAGCCCACUUGACUUUCCUUCCUCCAGCUAUUUCUAGGCAGUGAGUACCAGCACCUUAUUUUCUAGGGGGGAAGCACUGCUCCUACCUAAUCCCCACCUAUUUUAAUGCCACUUCAGCUGGAAAUAACUAACAACAAAAAACAGCUUUAGUUA